UUUGCGCAAUUGUAUUCGUUCGCGCAACGAAUACAACAUGUAUCAACUGUAUUCGUUCGCUUAACGAAUACAACCAAGGCAAAAUACAUGAGUGUAUACACUACAGUGUAUCGACUGUAUUCGUUCGUGCAAUGAAUAUAACCAAAGCGAAAUAAUACAGAAAAAUAACAUGCUCUCGUUGAGAGUGGAACUCAAACCUCCACUUACUAAGAGGGUGGUUUAACCAACAGAGCUAUUGUUUCAGUUCAAAACAAUUGAUCUCUUAUUUCAGUACUGCAUGUGAAUUAUCUAUAAAUUCAAUUAUAGCUAUGAAUAAUAAUUUUCUGAAAGUAUAGCUACAGUGUAUAUGUUUGUUGUGUCGCUUAAUUUUUCCAAGAAUUAUAGACUAACAUGUUUAAACUUGAACCAGCUAGGCGAGUAACUAAAAAAUGGAUGAAUUUUGCCACCUCUAAUUCUUCCUACUAUACUUCAGGGGAACAUGUGGAGAUCAUAUGGUUUUUGGGUUCUUCUAACUCUACUACCAAUAGCUUUGGGGUAUAACCAAAGUUUUCUCAGAGAUAUUGGAAUUAUAUGGUUUCUUUGUAGACUUUGUAGUGAUAGAUCGAGUCAAAUCAAGUGAAUGCAUAACUUAGGCAUUAAAUCUGCUCCUGAAUGAAGUGUGUGCAAUCUCAUGCCGACCUUGGAGAUCAGAUUCAAAUUCCAACUAAGACGAAAAACGUUAGGUGAGUUUUCUUCAAAUAUGCCUAAGCCUUAGUGGACGAAGAUAUUUGAUACCUAUGCUAGUGAGGGAUAGAAACAAUCCAGUGGAAUAGUUGAGCCUUUGAGGUGCAGACAAACAGACUCGAACACCAGCAUUUUGUUACAAAAGGAAAAAAGAAGUUUGAGCUUUCUUUAGAAUAGUCUUCUAUUGAUAGUAUAAUGGAUGCGGUGGUUGUUCAGUUCAUUCUGUAAGUCUCGAAAUCCCAUUCCUUUGGGUCCUCCUUCUUUGUUUUUUCCUUCAAGUUGUCAAUGCUGAAAUUUCCAAGUCAACAAACGUCUUAAAGGGGUUAGAUGUAAAUGUAUGGUGAAGAAAAAGAGCAAGAAGAGAGUAUGCUCAAAUACAGAGAUAACUGUUUACUCUCUGCUUCUUUCCUUGCAUCAGUUUUAAAUAUCUUAUAUCAAAUUAAUAUUAGUGCAAGAAUUGAGAAUGAUGGCUGUAGCUUCUUGGUCUGCUUUAUUCAUUUUCUAUCAGUUUCGAAUCUUUAAUUCUGUUCAAGCUGAGAAUCAAUCCCGAGAUAGCUGCCCCGAGGAAUUUGAUUGUGGGAUCCUUGGAAAUGUGAGGUUUCCUUUUUCUGUAUCAUCAGAACCUGCUUGUGGUUUGUACACCAUAUAUUGUGAUGCUGCUCCAUAUCCAAUAAUUCGUUUGGAAGGAAAUGUUUACACUGCUCUGGAUCAACGGUUGUAUGACAAUAGUUUUCAAGUUUUUGAUCUUAGGUUUUAAUGACUUAUUGGAAAAACACAGUUGCAAUUCUUUUGAUAAAAGUCUAUCUUUUCCAAGUUCUCUUCCAUCUCGUUUAGAACCAAGGAACGCAAUCUUACCUUGUUCAGAUGCAACAACAGUCUAGACAUCAACAGGAGCACGAAUGAUCACAACUUUCACUACUAUCAGAACUAUACUAAAUGUAGAGGCUUAAGCAUUUACUACAAGUAUCCGAACACAUUGCGGGAAGGCGACUAGGAUGCACCAGAGGGAGAUAUUCCUGAUAACUGUUCACUGGUUCAGUUACCAAUUAAAUGGAGGUCACAGUUAAGUCAAAAUAGUAGCUUGUUUGAUCUCUUAACUGCGAAUUUUACAAUUCAGUGGAGCCUGUCUGAUGAUUGUAGUAAGUGUUAUAAUCAAGGAGGUCGAUGUUUAACUGACAGCAACAACAAUUUUCCUUGUUACUCCAAUCCCAAAGCCACAGCUUCUUCUAUUGGUGGACUCGCGAUUCUGGUUAUCCUACUCCUGUACUUAAGAACAAAAUGCUCCCUUAACUCCAUGACUUUCUUGAAGAAAAAAGGAGAGGAUUACAGAAAUGUAAAGGACUUCCUUAAGAACUGUGGAUCACUCGCUCCAAGAAACUACAGUUAUGCUGAAGUCAAAAAAAUGACCGGGUAUUUCAAAGAUAAACUUGGCCAAGGAGGCUAUGGUUGUGUGUACAAGGGAAAGUUGCAUAACGGCAGUCUUGUGGCAGUCAAGGUUUUGAAGGAAUCGAAGGGCGGGGGAGAAGAGUUUAUCAACGAGGUGGCAAGUAUCAGCAGGACUUCUCACAUUAAUAUUGUAUCACUUGUGGGAUUUUGUUGUGAGGGUCAAAACAGAGCUCUAAUCUAUGAUUUCAUGCUCAAUGGAUCCCUUGAGAAGUUCAUUUACGACGCAAAAUCAGGGACGAGUCGUCAACUAGGAUGGCAAACAUUAUACAAUAUUACACUUGGUAUUGCUAGAGGAUUGGAGUAUUUGCAUCUCGGUUGCAAUACUCGAAUCCUGCACUUCGAUAUAAAGCCUCACAACAUUCUUCUGGAUGAAAACUUCUGCCCAAAAAUAUCUGAUUUUGGCCUUGCAAAACUAUGUAACAAGAAGGAAAGCAUUGUAUCUUUAUUGGGGGCAAGAGGAACUAUUGGAUACAUCGCGCCAGAAAUUGUGUGUAAAAACAUUGGAGGAGUUUCUCACAAGUCAGAUGUGUACAGCUACGGUAUGAUGGUCCUCGAGAUGGUUGGAGGAAGGAAAAAUGUUGAUGUUGCUGUUGACCGUACAAGUGAAAUAUACUUUCCGCACUGGAUUUACACACAAAUUGAACAAAAGGAAGAGCUUGGAUUAACUGGCAUUGCGAAGGAAGAGGACAACAAACUUGCAGAAAAGAUGAUACCGGUAAGCCUAUGGUGUAUCCAAACCGAUCCGGCCAGGCGACCAUCGAUCAGUAUGGUUAUAGAGAUGUUACAAGGUGAACUCGGAUCUUUGCAAAUGCCUCCUAAGCCUUUUUUGUAUUCUCCUUCAAGGUCAGACAGAAACAUGCCUAAUGUUGAGUUGUCCCACAUCGGAGGGAUUUGAGGUCCUUGGUCUCCUUAUAUAGCUUGGACAAUCCUCACCUCAUAAGCUAGCUUUUGGGGUUGAGUUAGGCCCAAGGUCCAUUCUUAUCACCUGCUACUACUAAUAUGGUUUAGGAUUGGACCGGUUUAUGUUUGAUUAUGAUCUAGACUUAUCAAAACUUGGCGGAAACUAAGCAUGCAUGAUUUUGAAUUAUCUUGAUAUUAGAUAGCCCUACUUUUGGUGA